AUGAACAUGGAUCGAAGAAGGCACAAUGCGCCGAGCGGCGGUACGAGUGCGCCUGUGUUUGCACAGACUAUCAGAGAUCCAGAAUAUCUACAAAAGUUGCGGCCGACGAGGUCAAGAGGCCCUAACGAGCUGCGCAGGAUCUUUCUCCAAACGGCCAUCAUACCUUCAGCUUCAGGCUCCGCUUACCUUGAAAUUCCCUCUUCCUCGCCCUCAUCCAAAUCAACACUCAUAUCACCAACAUCGUCUCUCAAGAUCACAGCCUCAAUACAAGGCCCCAAGCCCCUUCCCCGCAGUGCGGCAUUCAGUCCUUCCCUACUUCUCACGACCACGGUCAAAUUCGCGCCUUUUGGAACACGCCAAAGGAGAGGCUACAUACGCGACGCUGCAGAGCGAGAUCUAGGAGUACAUCUCGAGACCGCAUUGCGAGGUGUUAUUAUCGGUGAACGUUGGCCAAAGAGUGGAGUUGAAGUUGUGAUUACAAUCUUAGAGGGUGACGAGGAUGGCUGGUGGGGCGACUCCGAAAGCGAAGGUACCUCGAAAGGAAGCGGCUGGGGACUAUUGAAUGUACUCGCAGGCUGUAUAACAGUGGCGAGUGCUGCCAUUAUAGACGCUGGCAUUGAUUGCGUGGACAUAGCAUGUGGGGGCGUCGCAGCGAUUGUGCGCAAUCCAGAUUUAAACGAUGAUAGAGAGUUGGCUAGGAUUCUCGAUCCAUGUCCGGCAGAGCACAAAGACGUCGUUGCGGCCUGCGCCAUUGGCUACCUUGCUUCAAGAGACGAGAUCACAGAGAUAUGGAUGAAAGGGGAUGUUGGCCCCGAUCCGGAUGCCCUUGUUGAAGGGGCUACGCAUGCAGCAGUGGGAAGUCUUGCAGUUGUGAAGGAGGUUUUGCUCGAAGCAUUGCAGGCAAAGUUGCAGGGGCAGAUCGAAGAUCGUGAAGCUGGGCAGAAAAGGAAGGCUGACGAUGUGGAAAUGACGGGGUGA